AUGCAGGCAGAAAGUCCACAGUCCUGCAGCAAGACAGAGCCGAGGACAUGGAUCGUGCCCGCCAAGAUUGUGCCCCGGAUUUCUACUUGGACCAGGGUGCUGGGAGAUGCUGCCGCCGCUGCCCUACAGGACACCCCAACUCUCUGCCCACUGCAGCCUGUGCGCCUCCUCAUCAACCUGUUGAAGGCUGGACAGGGCCACGUUUCUCUACAUACAUGCCCCCAGCAGGCUUCCCAGUGUCGGAAACCGUGCGAUCCCGAGUACUACCUGAGCCCAGAGGGGCGCUGCACGGCCUGUGUGGGCUGCUCCAGAGAUGACCUGGUAGAGAAGCAGCCCUGUACAUGGAACUCCACCCGUGUCUGCACCUGCCGGCCUGGCAUGUUCUGUGUCACGGCUGCCACCAACUCCUGCGCUCGUUGUUCACCCCACUCCACCUGCUCCCCUGGCUAUACGGUCAAAUUCCAAGGUACCACGGAGAGAGACACAAUCUGUGGGACACCUCCCCCGGGGACCAGCGCAGAGGAUGGAGGACACGCUGUCAGGGACAUAGCCGAGUCUUCCCUGACCUCCCAGGAUGACCCCAAGGCCAGAAUCACCCAUCGCAACAUCACCCACACCACCCCAGAAGAUGCUCCCAAAAGGAUGCUGCAUCCUCCCUCCUCUGCGGGGAAGUCCAGAAUGGAACAGCAUGCAGCUGCCCCAGUACGAAAAGAACUGAAGCAGUGUGACCCCGAGUACUACCUGGACAGGAGUACAGGCCGAUGCAUGGCCUGUGUGAGCUGCUCUCAAGACAAAGACCUCGUGGAGAAGACCCCCUGUCUCUGGAAUGCCUCCCGGGUCUGCACCUGCCGUCCUGGCCUGAUCUGUGUUACAUCAGCCGCCAACUCUUGUGCUCGCUGCAUCCCCGACCCCAACUACCUGCCCACCCCUACACUUCAGGACACAGCUGAAAGGAACGGCACACAUAGACCAUCCCUGCACCCAAAGGACUGGAUGCUCUCCAGUGUCACCCCCUCUCUGAGCCCCCUUGUCAACUCCCAGACCAGUAAGGUGCAUGAAGGGGACAACAGCAACAUCUCCACCUCUUACUCAGUGGAAAAAUCUGUUUUCACUGCAGGCCCUGUGAUCUGGCUGCUCGUGGUGCUGAUCCUGGCAGGCGGAACCAUCUCCCUCAUUCUGUGCAACCGCCAUUGGGCCUGCGGCACAUGGCUCAGACACAAUUCUGGACCUGGAAGGAACCCUAUGGAGCUAGAGAAGAUCACAAUGGUGGCUGAAGCUGUUACAGAGGAUGCCAUGCUACUGAGUGCCCCCACCGCAGAGACCUGCCCCCCACCCACCAAUACAACCUCUUGCCCCGAGAACCUUCCCUUGCUGGAUGCCAGCACAGCCCGAAACCCCUCGGCCUUCUGGGAUGUUCCCGAGCCCCGUGGGGCAUCGGAACACACCAACAACAGGAUCGAGAAGAUAUAUAUCAUGAAGGCGGACACUGUAAUUGUGGGGUCUGUGAAGACCGAGGUACCCGAGACCCGGAGUCCGGCUGUGCUGGUGGAGCCGGAGUUGCAGGAAGACCUGGAGGUGGACAGUGCCUCCCAUUACCCAGAGCAGGAGACGGAGCCUCCCCAGAGCAGCGGUGGGGACCUCAUGUUCUCUGUGGAGGAGGAAGGGAAGUUGCACCCACUGCCCACACCCGCUUCUGGGGACUGA